UCAGAGAUCUCUUUUUUCAAAGCUUGAAGCUAAUACUGCAGGAUGGGUAAGGAAAAGUUUCACAUUAACAUUGUUGUAAUUGGCCAUGUCGACUCUGGAAAGUCUACCACCACAGGUCACUUGAUCUACAAGCUUGGAGGUAUUGACAAGCGUGUCAUUGAAAGGUUCGAGAAGGAAGCUGCUGAGAUGAACAAGAGAUCAUUCAAGUAUGCUUGGGUUCUCGACAAGUUGAAGGCUGAACGUGAGCGUGGUAUUACCAUUGAUAUUGCCUUGUGGAAGUUUGAGACCACCAAAUACUACUGCACUGUCAUUGAUGCCCCUGGACAUCGUGACUUUAUCAAGAACAUGAUUACUGGUACCUCCCAGGCUGACUGCGCUGUCCUUAUCAUCGACUCUACCACUGGAGGUUUCGAGGCUGGUAUUUCCAAGGAUGGACAGACCCGUGAGCAUGCUCUGCUUGCUUUCACUCUUGGUGUGAAGCAAAUGAUUUGCUGCUGCAACAAGAUGGAUGCCACGACCCCCAAAUACUCAAAGGCUAGGUAUGAUGAAAUUGUGAAGGAAGUGUCUUCCUACUUGAAGAAGGUCGGUUACAACCCUGAGAAGAUUCCUUUUGUUCCGAUCUCUGGUUUUGAGGGUGACAACAUGAUUGAGAGGUCCACCAACCUUGAUUGGUACAAGGGUCCAACACUUCUAGAGGCUCUUGACCAGAUCAAUGAACCCAAGAGGCCCUCUGACAGACCACUCCGUUUGCCACUUCAGGAUGUGUACAAGAUUGGAGGUAUUGGAACUGUUCCUGUGGGUCGUGUUGAAACUGGUAUCCUCAAGCCUGGUAUGGUUGUGACCUUUGGUCCUUCUGGAUUGACCACUGAAGUUAAGUCUGUUGAGAUGCACCAUGAGUCCCUUGCGGAGGCUCUUCCAGGUGACAAUGUUGGGUUCAAUGUUAAGAAUGUUGCCGUCAAGGAUCUUAAGCGUGGAUUCGUUGCUUCAAACUCCAAGGAUGAUCCUGCCAAGGAGGCUGCCAAUUUCACUUCCCAAGUCAUCAUCAUGAACCACCCGGGGCAGAUAGGAAAUGGAUAUGCACCUGUUCUUGAUUGCCACACCUCGCACAUUGCGGUGAAGUUCGCAGAGCUCUUGACUAAGAUCGACAGGCGUUCUGGUAAGGAGCUUGAGAAGGAACCCAAGUUCUUGAAGAACGGUGAUGCAGGAUUCGUUAAGAUGGUUCCAACCAAGCCCAUGGUUGUCGAAACCUUCUCCCAGUAUCCGCCACUCGGUCGUUUUGCAGUGAGGGACAUGAGGCAGACUGUUGCUGUUGGUGUCAUCAAGAGUGUGGAGAAGAAGGAACCAAGUGGUGCCAAGGUGACCAAGUCUGCUGCCAAGAAGGGUGGCAAAUGAGCUGUUGGGCUGUGUCUGUCAUCGGUCACUCAGUUACCUGUUUCGAUAGUUGUAGUUAUGAAUCAUUGCCAUUGUCACGAGCAUAUUGUUUGCAGAACUGGGUUCUUGAUAGGCGAUGGUGAGUAAUAUUUUCGAGUUCUUAAAUAUUGUCUCCAUUUUUAAGUCAGGUAUUUUUUUUUCCUCCUAGAAUGUUAAUCCAACAUUUCUAUAUAAAUAGUUUUGUUUUUCCUCU